ACCAGCAAUGAUACUGAGUACACAGCGGUAUGUAAUGAAUGUAAUCAGGUUCCUCGUUGCUGGUAGUGACACUACGGCCAUGACCGUAGCCUGGUGUCUCUACUACCUCGCGCUAUAUCCUGAAAUACAGAACAGGGCCCGUGUUGAAGUGGACGCUCUCGGCCACGAUCCCAAUGCGACGGAGGACCUCGACAGGUUGGUCUUCGUGAAGUGUUGCAUACUCGAGGCCCUCAGGCUGCAACCACCGGCUGUGUUCCUUCUGCAUGAGUGUACUCACGACACAGAACUCGAUGGUCGCCGAAUCCAAGCCGGGACGAAUGUGCUGACCCUCUUCCGUAAGGCGAUGGUGGCAGAUGCCCCCAAACGUUGGCUCCUUCCUGACGGCUCGUCGAUAGACCAAGCACGUGAACGUGAUCACCUGGCAUUCGGUGGAGGUCCUCGUCAAUGUCCUGGGAAGAACAUGGCCGUCAAGGAGGCAGUGGUGAUCCUGACUUUGAUCCUAAGACACUUUAAUUCUAUUUCAUUGAACUGCCCUCCCUCGUUUGUCCGUGGCGAGGCUACCUUCACGUAUGGACCACUGAAUCUCGAGCUCCAAAUGCGGCGACGAGUUGGUUAA